AUGUCAAUCACUGGCAAACAUCGUGACAUCGACGGUGGAAUAACCCUCUCGCCCAACAUGGCAGCUAACGGCACUUCCAAGCUGGACUUCACCAAGUUCUACAACAUUGUCAAUGGCAAGCUCGAGACAACGAGCAAGACCAGACACAGCGUGAACCCCUCUACGCUGGAAGCACUCCCCGAGGUGCCUCUCUCGACUGCCGAAGAUGUCGACAGAGCUGUGCAGGCCGCAAAGGCCGCUCAAGAAGCUUGGGCCGAGACACCCUACGAGGAGCGCCAGAAGGCCGUCGCCAAGCUUGGUGAUCUCCUCGAAGAGAACAUCAACGAGUUCGCGCUGAUGCUCAGCAAGGAGCAGGGCAAGCCUAUUGGGUUCGCUCAGUUUGAAGUUGGCGAGGCCAUCAAGCACUUCAGAGGAGUUCCCACGCUUCCCUUCCCCGAGGAGGUUAUCAGCGACAACCCAGACCGCCGGGUCAUCACCAGAUACACUCCUCUUGGUGUCGCUGUCGGUAUUGUGCCCUGGAACUUUCCCAUCCUCCUUGCUUGCGGCAAGAUCGCUCCCGCCCUGAUCACUGGAAAUGCCUUCAUCCUCAAGCCUUCUCCUUUCACUCCUUACUGCGACCUGAAGAUCGUUGAGCUUGCUCAGCAAAUUUUCCCUCCCGGUGUCUUCCAGGCCCUCAGCGGUGAUGACAACCUCGGACCUUGGUUGACCUCCCACCCCGGCGUCGACAAGGUCAGCUUCACUGGUUCGACCGCCACCGGCAAGCGCGUGAUGGAGAGCUGCGCAAAGACCCUUAAGCGUGUCACCCUAGAGCUCGGCGGAAACGAUGCGGCUAUCGUGCUUCCCGACGUCGACAUCAAGGCGGUUGCGCCUAAGCUCGCUACCCUGGCUCUGUACAACUCUGGACAGGUAAUGUAA